UCUGUUCAUAUGUCACAUUGAACAGUUAGUGGAUUAGCGAAAUGCAGAAACUAGUGAGGGAAACAAAGAAUAUUAUUUCCGUUUCGGCCAUAUCUAGUUAUCCAGAAGGUUUUUUUCGCUUCUAAAACAAUUUGGAAGGUGUGUGUCAAUAUGGCUGGAUGACACGAGGGUUCACUCCGUGCAUCUGCCUCAACACCCGGGCGCAUUGGUUCUAUAGCGGAAUGAAUGGAUGUGAGUAGACAGGUGCGGUACAUGCAAGAUGGGGGUUCCCACCAGUAAAUUGCAACAGCUCACCAUUUUCACCACCUUACUGACAGGAGGAGGGGUCAGCACCAUGUACUAUCUGAUGCAGAAGAAAUUUGCGGAGUCAGACUACCACAAACUGGCUCUGCAGAAGUUGGAGGCGUGUACGGUUGCCAUGGAAAGUUUGGGCGCGCCGCCUUUAAAGGUUCACAACAUCCAUCUGACAGACAGAGACAAUCGAAUGGAUCAACAAACAGCACAGAUCAAGAUCCCUGUGACCGGCUCAAAAACUGGAGGAUAUUUAUAUACAACUUCAAUCAGAGACCACAAAACCAACAGUUGGAGUGUUAAGAUGGCUGUUCUGAGGCUGAAAGAAGGACAGACCAUCAACCUGAUGAAUGCUCCAUCACCAGUGUGGGCAGACUACACAGAUUAACAUGUAUUUAUAUGAAAACCUGGAAUUCAUCCUGCAGCAACGACUGUGGAAAAUAAGUUGAUGUUUAUUAUGAUUGCUGAUUCUUUAGCUCACCUUUCUUUUUUUAAACCUGAGCAUCUUUUUUCAAUCUCGUAACAGCAAGAAAUGUGGGACAAAAUGAGCCCCUUCGUAUCCGGACAAAAACACGCAUUCUGACUGACUUCAUUAACCACAAUUUCCACUUCCUGGCACGCACAGAACACACACAACAUAGUACUGUAACCUCAUGCAUGUAGUCAUACCACACAGCUUCUCAAUCUAACACACCUGUGGUUUCCAGAUAUGACUGCUUUUAUAUGUCAUUUCUUUAUUCAUGAUGUAUUUUCACAUUUUGCUGUUGAUGACCCUGACAUUGAUCGAUUACCUAAUUUGUGUGUUAUUAAAGUCUGGUAAGCAUCAUGCAAUUUAAUAUAUUUUCACUCCGUGUAUUAUUUGGAUAUGAAAUGUGUGUAUAUUUGCACCUGUGACAUGCACAAAGUCAAGCUGUUAAGUACUGUAAAUGUAAUAUCACCCAUUCAUCACCUUUUUCAAAAAUGUAUUGGGGCUCAGCCACAUUAAUGGGCUGAUAUACUGUAAUAAUAUAUUAUAUUAAAACA